AUGGCCUCGGAGACGGAGCCGAGUACACAAACAACCCAAGAACCCAGUCUCGCUUGGGACCAGUUCUUGGCGGCAGAGAAGAAGCGCACAGAGAAUUUCAGGACCUCCAGAAAGCAUCGCAAGACCAGAUCUGGAGAUAAGCAUGUGAAGCCAAGAGAAGAUGAGGCCGCAGCCACGGCCACGACCGUGGAAGUGACGCCGAAGAAGGAGGUCCCGAAGACGACUCCUGCGAAGAUUUCAGACUUCUUUUUCUAUCAGGUCCUCGGCAAAGGCGGUUUUGGAGAGGUACGUCUGUUGCGACAUAAGACAACACUAACCUGGCAUGCGGCGAAGAUACUACUGAAAUCUGAGGUGAUUAGCAAGGGCCAUGUGAGUCAUGUGAAUAAUGAGAGAGCAAUUCUGGCACUCUGUGACAUGCCCCUGAUUGUAAAGUUGAACCACGCCUUUCAGGAUGUCGCGCGUCUCUACCUAGUGAUGGAGUUUGUGCCGGGCGGUGACCUCUUUAUGCUACUUCGUAGUAUGCACAAAUUCAACGAAGAGGUUGCCAAUUUUUUCGGCUCACAGGUCUUCAUGGCUCUGGAAUACCUGCACGCGCUAAGGAUAAUUCAUCGUGACGUAAAACCAGAGAACAUUCUCAUUUCUAACAAGGGAUACCUCAAGCUGGCAGAUUUUGGAUUCGCAAAAAUCGUUGAGAAACGCACCUAUACCUUCUGCGGAACCCCUGAAUAUCUGGCUCCGGAAAUAAUUCUUCACCGUGGGUACGGACCCUCCGUCGACUGGUGGGCCUUCGGGAUCUUACUGUUUGAAAUGGUCAUUGGUCGAUCACCCUUUUAUAGUUCAGAUGUCGGAAAUAUCUACUCCAAGAUAGUCAAUGCAGACCUGUGCAUUCCUCCCUCUGCAAAACUGAGCGAGAGCCUCAAGCAUCUGAUUGGUAAUCUGUUGCAGAAAGAGGUCUCCAAACGGUACGGGUCUCUGCGCGAGGGAUCCUUCGAGAUCAGGAGGCAUGCAUGGUUCGCGGAUGUGGAUUGGUCAGCUCUGUUUCAUCAGAAGGUUGUCCCUCCCUAUGAUUACUUUGUUCCACCCUCCAAUCCAGAAGCCAAGGUCUCGGAACAGCACAUUCUUUACUUUGCCAACUUCAGCACCUAG